CGAAAGUUAUCAGUUGUCUUGUGGAUGCCCCUAAGAGCAAACCUUCCGCAGUAAGGCGAUACCAAGCCUUGCGCUGUGUGUACUGUGAAGUAGACAAUUUCACUCGCGAUUCUAGCUAGUGUGUUUUUUUCCAAAGGGAUCAUUCUUAUCUGACGCUCCCAAGUUUUGUGAUUUAUACUUCAAUUAUGCGGAUUUUGUUAGUGUUUUCGUGUUUGUUGGUCGUGUGUGUAGCUGAACCAUGGCCCUACACGUAUGCUGCAUCUCAGGAAUGCGCCGGUGUGUCCACUUGUUCAGAUGAUGGAACACCAGUAUGUGGAACAAAUCAAGUGACGUAUACAUCCUACUGUAAUUUGCUGCGUGCCGUUUGUAACGAUGGUGAAACCUAUGUAACUGUUCGAUACGAAGGAAACUGUGGAUAUCCCUCACAAUGUCUGUGGGAAGGACAAGAAUAUGGAUAUGGACGCGCAAUUGAGGGCGAAUGUGGUAACAUGUGUAUCUGUCAAGGUGGACGAAAUCGUUGGUACUGCAAUCCAUGUCCCGACCCACGAGAUUCCAAUUGCGGUUCUCCAAGAAGUUGUCCUGACUAUGGCGUUUACUGUAACUUUUUGAGACCAAUAGAUCCAAACGGCUGCCAGGCACCCAACUGCGAGUGUGUGGCCUACGAAAUUUAUCUGUACCUCUACAACUUACAAAUCUGGUUUGAUCAAUUUAGGCCCAGGGAUGAACAUGAAGGUAGCGGUGAUAAUUCAGGUUCAGGAGCCGACUUGGAGCAGUUUUUUGCCGCUGCUAAACAGCCUUUCAUUCCAUCGUUCAUGUCAAGAAGUAUUUCUAAACGUGAUUUAGAAAGCGAUCUUCGAAGGAUGAUGAAGGAUCUCUUUUAAGAUGGAAACAAUUGAAAUUCAUCAUCUCGCAAAUCAAUUUCGUUUGUUUUAUUUUCAAGCACAACUAUAAAACUUGCAUUCCUUCAGAAUAUGCCUACUUUGAUAACCGGGUCUACAACCCAUCAAUCAGGGUGUUAAAUUAUUAUUUGUAUGGAACUUUGUCCUAUCGACGUUUUAUAAAACAAUAUUGUUUAGUUUAGAUAAAUUAUUAUUUUUUGUUUACAGACAAAUAUUAAUACGAUAAGAAUAAGCACAUUUUACAUUCUUAGUCUAUCGUGUUUUGCGAGAACUGAAAGUAGGCUUAAAUAUCUUUUCUUUAACACCUCAUGUAUAAAAUCCGAAACUUAUUGACAAUUUUCUUCGGAUAUUUACAAAACUGCCAUCAUCGCGUUUGUUUGAGCAAGGAAUGAACCUAUUUCAAAACAAUAUAGGCCUAGGCAUAUUGCGCAUUUUUAUGCUCACUUUAAUGUGCUUCCUAUAUAUUAUAAAAUAUCCACAGAUUUUCCUGUAUGCUCUUGGUUCAUAACAAUUAAAACACUAUUGUUAAUGGGCACAGAUUUAACAAUGAAUUGUGAACAUACCGUACUCGCGCGAAUAAGCGCCUCGUUUGAAUAAUCAUGAGAUUUUUUUUUUAGCAAGUCAAUAACCCAAUCAAUCCUGGGGCUGUGGUUGUUGGCAUGAUUUGAGCUGCAGAGUGCAAUCACAUUCUUCUUAGGUCAAUAUCAAAAUGAGGAUAUUUCUCUUGGACAGAUUAUUAGAGCUCCGACCCUGGACGGACAGUAUAUUUCCAACUUUCCUCUUCUUACAUUUUGUCUAGGCCUAGUGUCCUACUGCCAUCCUGCUAAUCUCAAUUGGCCGAUGGCCAACAAGCUAACCACUAUCCAACACCACUAUUUGCAUGCUCUUUUGCUGUUAUGUAAAUUCACAGCAUUCUUUUUAUGAAAAAUGCUCUCUGGACGAUUAUCAUUUCCGCCGCACCACCAUUCGUAAUUUUCGGUUUCCCAAAGUCCUUAUAUUAUCUUUUUUUCAUUCAAAGCCUCUUAAAUUUAAUAAGUUCCCAUAAGAAUCACUCAAUUUUGAUCAAUUUUUUAAAUAAUUUCCACUCUGUUUUCGUAAGUGCCCCGUUUAAAUAAGCGCCCCGUUUGAAUAAGCGCCCCUCAAAAAGUGCAAAAAAAUAUUUCAAGUGCCCAGGCGCUCAUUCGUGCGAGUACGGUACCUGAUUACUGUACUUUUACAAUAUCUAAAUAAUUAAAUUUGUUUUGACAAAGGUUCUUGCGUAAAUAAUUAGAUCAAACAAAAAUAUCCCUAUAAAGGACAUCUUUAAACAUAUAAGCAUAUAUUAUACUGAAUUAAGUUCUGUACUUUUACUUAAUACUGUAGAUAGCGUUGAAAAUUGAAUAUUUCUUCAUUGUUAAUAUCAAAAUUAUAUUGACUGAUAUUUUUCGAAAGUUGUUAGAAAUGAUACACAAGCAAAUUCUUGUCUAUAUUAUGUUUUACAAUUAUUGAUAAUCUUCACAUGAUUUCGAUAUAAUAGAAUUUGGAUGUUUAGUAACAAUAUUAAAUCGUUUUAGAACGAUUUCAAUCCAGUUUUUUAGUGUUUGAUAAUAAACAUGGUAACACAUUUUCCAACAUGCUUAUGCAAUGGAGCCAUUA